AUGCAUAGACAGACACAUAAUGAUUAUAAAUGUUUACGUGAAAUGCGAUAUCAAUGGCAAAAAGAACAACAACUUAUUCGAAAAAAAUAUCAAAUACCAUACAAUAUAACUUAUACAUCUAAACAAUGUUUUAAUAAACAUAUUCCUAUGAUAUCAAAAGCUGAAUUUAAUGAUUAUAAAACAAAGACUGAUCAAUUAGAUAAACAUAGUUUUAAUAUUAAAUAUUGUUCGAAAUGCAAUUUAAAUAUAACUAAAUGUCUAUGUUCGAAUGAAUCAAGUCAAUGUUCGAUUAAUUUAAAAAAGAAAUCAUAUUCAACAAAUAAGACAUCAAAAACUUCAUCAAGAAAUUUUCUUCAUGAACAACAUGUCAAUAGUGAUUCAAGUUUAAUCAAUUUUUCAUCUAUUGAACGAACAAAUUCAAUACAUAAUAAAAAACAAUAUGUUUUACUCGAUUGGAAUAAUUGUCAAUCUCUUAGUAAUUUUAUUCGAACAACUAAACUCAAUAAAAAUCUUUUAAAUAUGACAAUCGAACAAUUACAUGAAUUAAUCAUUAAACAUGAUCAUAUUCAUAUAUUUCAAUCAAUUAUUGAUUUAAUACUUUCUAUGAAUAGAGAAGAACGUCAAAAAUUUCUUUGUCAUAUUUAUAUUGAUCCAUAUUAUUAUUCAACUAUUCAAGGUACUAUUCCAUUAUUUCAAUCACAAUUAAUUGCUGAUAAUAAUAAUCUCGAUCAUGUUCUACAUAGUAUUAAAAAAAUAGCAACUUUACUUGGUGUAAAACUUGAUCAAUCUAUUAAUAAAAUUUUACAUGAAAAAUUAUCAACAAAACAACGACAAUCAAUAUUAAAUCAACACUCACUAUUUAUUGCAUCAAAAAUUCCUUAUAAUACUUUUGUUCGUGCUCAAUAG